UCUGGGUGUUCUCAGUGUUGGCGAGCGGUCAUGACGAACACACGCCACCCUCGCCACCGGUCGCUGCACCACUUCCUACCCCUGAUGCUGUUGUCCAGUCUGCUGCCCUACCCUGUCACUUACCUGCCUGCUGACGCAGCUGAUAUUCCGCCUUGGUCUGACCUUCGCGGUCCAUCACCUAGUCUGCCUGAUUCGGUGGUUGAUCAUCGUGAUCCGCCACCUGACCUGGUCGACCCACUACCUAAUCAAAUCGCCCCACCACUUGAUUUAAGCGAUCCAUUAUCCACUCAGGACUCUCUGUUCCCUGGCACAAGCGAAUCUCCCGUAGCGUGGGAGCGUCUGGACUCGUGUAGAAGUCCGUCACAGGUAGUGGAGCGACAGGUGGCCUGGGCGACGAGGGUCAUCGACAAACAGAAGGAAGUGAUCAGGAACCUUCAGAUGAGAUUCGUAGCACUGGAGACCAAAAUUGAUAGAAUGUUCGGAUGCUGUACCAAGCAGCCACCUACACCCUGACCACCGCUGAGGCUUGGACGUGGUUGUGGAGCUGGUGAGGGAUGGAAGGUAGCUGACGUACCCUGGUGGUGAGUGGACUGAACUACUGCUACUGUCCCAGGCAAGAAGAAAAGCUCUACCUUUUAGCUCGUUCAGCUUCUUAGAGUCUGUCAUAAAGUGCACUGCACUGCGUGUGUCUAUAUAUAUAUAUAUAUAUAUAUAUAUAUAUAUAUAUAUAUAUAUAUAU